UUAAGGAGCGGGCGGGGAGCGCGGGCUGGGAGGAGGGAGCGCGGCGGAGCGUUGAAUGGGGCGCAGCGAGGCGCGGCUCGGCUUUGUGCGGGCACCCCUCCGGCCCCAGCGUCUCUCCCCGCCCCGCCUACCCCGACCCCUGCUGCCGGGGAGCGGAGACCCGGCGGCCGCAGCCGAGUGGAGCGACGCAAGGUCAGCGGCGGACGCGCGGCGGGGACGGCCGCGAGCUGGCUGGAGGGCUCCGUGGACGAUUCCAUCAUGGGAGAACCCAAAGUAGAGACGCAGACAAGCAUGGACUGGCAGAAGCGAUGCUUGGCUUUAGAAACGCAGCUCUUCCGGUUCCGUGAACAGGCCAGCAAGAUAAGGGAGCUGCUGGCUGACAAGAUGCAGGAGCUGGAACAAAGGCUGCUAGAGGCAGAGCAGAGAGCUGAGAAUGCGGAGACCCAGAUGGGUGUGAUGGAGGAAAAGGCGAAACUGUCCAACCUGAAGAAUGUGGACUCAGCAGGCAGCCUGCACCGGAAAUACCAGGACUUGCUUAAAGCCCUGCAAGGCAAAGACGAGCUCAUCCGCCAGCUGCAGGCACAGCUGGAGAAGCAGAAACUGAUAAGAGCUGAAGAAGCAAAAGUCAUUCAGGAAAAAGCUGCGAAGAUCAAAGAGUGGGUGACACUGAAGUUAUCAGAGCUUGAGACAGAGAAUCAGCACCUGAAGAACUGUAAUCAGCAGCUAGAGGAGCAGGUGGGGGCCCUUCAAGUUGCCCUGGAAGCUCUUCAGAUGGCACCUUCAGGAAAGUGGCUGGUGAAACCGCAGGGCCCCCCAAAGCAGCAUGCUGCCCUGUCAGUUCCAGUGCCCCCGGCAAUGGGGCAGGACAAUGGUCCUCAGGGCCAGGUGACCCUGGAGAUGGCUGCGGUGGCCCCUUCCCCAGGUGCUCUGCAGAACAAGGACUCGGAGCCCAAAGCAGAAAACUCCUUGCAGGCCCCUCGCUUCAAUGUAGCCCACCAAGGGGAGCCCCCAAAGGCCCAGACGCUUCCACCUCGUCUGAGAAGAGAGGGCUCUCCGGGCCAGCCCUGCAGGACGCCGUGCACCCCCAGACACGGUUUGGCUUCCUGGGGUGCCGGCCUGGUGGCUCCCCAGGGACAGCCCUUCCCUGGGACAAAGACGUCUGCCGGCGAAGGCGGGCCCGGCAGCAGCGUGACCCUGCCCAAGGCUCGGACUCCCGCCAGCCCCCGAGACAGCCUCCCCCUGGCCAGGAGACACCACAGCCAGCCCCAGGCCUGCCCCGGCUACUUCAGCCACGUGGUGAGCCGUGAGAUCGGGGCCCUCUCAGCCCUUCACACCCCUGGUCUUCCUGAGGUGGGGGCCUCGGCUGAGGCACGAGAGGAGCCAGAGCGGAUGGAGAUGGAGGAGCAGCCGCCAGCAGGGAGGAAGAGCCCCGUGAAGGCCCCCCACGUGGAUCUGGAGGAAGUGGACUUGGGGAACAAGCCGCCCACACCCCCCUUGCACCGGUUUCCAUCAUGGGAGAGCCGGAUCUAUGCCGUGGCCACAUCAGGACUGCAACUCUCGGACGUGUCUUCCAGGAGUAAUGUCACCUGCUGCGCUUCCCGCCCUCCCGCUCUUGCCUCCCCUGGACCUUUUUCUGGCCUUGUCUACAAGAGUGUCACCGUGCCAGUCUACACUGCCUUGAAGGGGAAAGCCACACAGAUCAGCAGCGUCCCCCUUGUGGACGAGUCCUCGGGCUCCGAUGACGACUGCAGCUCCCAGGCCAGCUUCCGCAUCUCUGUCCCCUGCCCCGAGACCAGGAAGACCGGUGGACUGGGCAGCCCCCGGGCCAUCAAGAGAGGUGUCUCCAUGUCCUCACUGAGCUCCGAGGGGGACUACGCGAUCCCCCCAGAUGCCUGCUCGCUGGACAGUGACUACUCGGAGCCGGAGCACAAGCUGCAGCGCACCUCGUCCUACUCCACGGAAGGGCUGGGUCUGAGCGGGGAGUCACUGGAGAAGUCAGGCUACCUGCUGAAAAUGGGGAGCCGGGUGAAGACGUGGAAGAGACGCUGGUUUGUGCUGAGACAGGGGCAGAUUAUGUACUACAAGUCCCCGAAUGACGUCAUCCGGAAACCUCAAGGCCAAGUGGAACUGAACUCCCGCUGCCAAAUUGUUCGAGGGGAGGAUGCCCAAACUUUCCAGCUCAUCUCCGAGAAGAAGACCUACUACCUGACAGCUGACUCGCCCAGCCUGCUGGAGGAGUGGAUCCGGAUCCUGCAGAACCUGCUGAAGGUGCAGGCUGUUGGGCCCCCCGGCCCGCUGCAGGGCGCCACCAAGCCCACUGUGAAGGGCUGGCUGACCAAGGUAAAGCAUGGCCACUCCAAGCUGGUCUGGUGUGCUCUCGUUGGGAGAACGUUCUACUACUACCGGAGUCAUGAGGACAAGCGCCCCCUGGGCCGCCUGCCUAUACGGGACGCGCACAUAGAGGAAGUCGAUCGAUCAUGUGACUCGGAUGAGGACUACGAGGCUGGAGGAACUGGGCGGUUACUGUCCUCCCACUGUACCCUGGUGAUCCACCCCCCGGAGCACAGCCCCACCUAUCUGCUCAUUGGCACCAAGCAUGAAAAGGAUACGUGGCUUUACCACCUCACCGUGGCUGCAGGGGGCAGCUGUGCCAAGGUGGGCACUACCUACGAGCAGCUUAUUGGGAAACUCAUGGAUGUCGAAGGGGAUCCAGAUUCUCCACUCUGGAGGCACCCCAUGCUGUGCUACAGCAAAGACGGGCUGCUGGCCCCGCUCACCACCCUGCCCUCCGAGGCCCUGCAGACUGAGGCACUCAAGCUCUUCAAGUCCUGCCAGCUCUUCAUCAACGUGCCCGUGGAGGCUGCCUCAGUGGACUACCACGUGUCUCUCGCCCAGACGGCGCUGCAGGUCUGCCUGGCACACCCCGAGCUGCAGAGUGAGAUCUACUGCCAGCUCAUGAAGCAGGCCAGCUGCCGGCCCCCUCAGAAGUACUCCCUCAUGCAGUGCUGGCAGCUCCUGGCUCUGUGUGCCCCGCUCUUCCUUCCCCAGCACCACUUCCUCUGGUAUGUCAGGCAGCAGCUACAGCGUCACGCCGACCCCAGAAAUGAAACUGGCCAGUAUGCCACCUACUGCCAGCGUGCAGUGGAGCGGACCCUGCAGACCGGGGAGCGGGAAGCCAGGCCGUCGCGCAUGGAGGUGGUGUCCAUCUUGCUGCGGAACCCCUUCCACCACUCCCUGCCCUUCAGCAUCCCCGUGCACUUCGCCAAUGGGACUUACCAGGUGGUGGGUUUUGACGGCUCCUCGACCGUCGAUGAGUUUCUCCAGCGGCUGAACCAGGAGACAGGCAUGAGGAAAUCUUCCCGCUCCGGCUUUGCCCUCUUCAUGGACGACCCUUCAGGCAGGGACGUGGAACACUGCCUGCAGGGGACUGUCAAGAUCUGUGAUGCCAUCUCCAAGUGGGAACAGGCCCUGAAGGAGCUGCACUCCGGGAAGUCUGAGGGUGGCACACGCACUGUGAAGCUGAUGUACAAGAACAGGUUGUACUUUCGGAGUCAAGUCAAAGGGGAGACAGAGCGAGAACGACUGCUGCUUGCUUCCCAGACGAGCGGAGAGAUAGUGUCAGGGAGGUUCCCCGUCAACAAGGAACUGGCUCUGGAGAUGGCUGCCCUAAUGGCCCAGGUGGAAUACGGAGACCUGGAGAGGUCCACCCUGCUGGGUCCCGGCUGCACCCCUCCUGCCAAGGUUCAGCAUCACCUCCAGCAGGUCCUAGAUAGGUUCUACCCAAGACGCUAUAGACACGGCGCACCCCCUGAACAACUGAGGCACCUGGCGGAUCUGCUGAGCACCAAGUGGGCUGCGCUGCAAGGCUGUUCCCCCCCUGAGUGCAUCCGCAUCUACCUGACAGUGGCCCGGAAAUGGCCUUUCUUUGGUGCUAAGCUCUUCGCAGCUCAGCCUGCCCUGCUGUCUUCCAAGGAGAAGACUCUGGUGUGGAUUGCUGCAAAUGAGGAUGGUGUCAGUAUCCUGGACCACAACACGAUGCAAGUGCACGUCACUUACCCCUACUCUUCCGUGAUGACCUUUGGUGGCUGCCGGGAUGACUUCAUGCUUGUGAUUAGAUCCACUCCGGACCAGAACUCUGGAAAAAGUCACAUUGAGAAGUUGAUCUUCCGGAUGGCUGCUCCCAAGAUUGCAGAAGCGACCUUCAUCUUGGCCAGCUACAUGAACCAUUGCUCUGUAGCUGGGAGCCCACCCACCAACCCGCCCACUGGCCGCCCACCGAGGGAACUCGAUGGACGACAGCUCUUUGCUUCUGUUCCGUGUGUUGCCAAGGGGCCAGCACUGCUGUGAAGAUCCUCCCAGCCAGGUCCCUGCCAGUUCUCUAGGACUGCAGCUACAUACCCGGGAUGUGAUACUACUGUGAUGGGCCUAAGAGCCCUGCGCCUAGCACGCUGCCCCCCAUGCCCCCCUCCCUUUGUUCUGUGAAAUGUUUCAGUGUCCGCAGAGCCUUUACUCUCCAGGUGCCUUAUCAUGUUUCAGGGCCCAACCUUGAAAUUCCAGACCCAGUAUCAAACCACUCUUUUCAGUAAUACUGAGCUCUGGCUGCUGCCUGCUUCUGGGCAGACAGGGCUGGCCCACUGGUGCUGACGACGUCAGUGGUAUGAGUCAGGGUCGUCUGCACCGAUACUCUCAGGAAGGCCGAUUUUUAAAUACUGUAUAUGGUCCUUAUAUGGGGAUUAAUACUUGAAGUUUUCCCAAAAUCCCUGACUAGGACAGGACUAGAAUUUCUAAUUCACUUGAUCUCUGACAAAGGCCUAGAACUCACUGAAACUGGACUGACUUUCGCAGAGGGCAGGGCUGGAGAGGAGCUUUGACUCAGCCUUCCCUUAACCUCCUGCCUCCGAGAACAAAGCUCUUCUCCCUGCUGCUGGCUACAAGCCCAGCGGAGGACUGUCCACUGCGCAAGCCCUUUCCCACCUUAACCACUGGACCGGGCACAGGGUCAGCUGUGCUCACUCUUGCUGCCCCAUUUGCCCACCCUUUGAAAGACCAAGCAAAUGUGCUCAGCUUUUGCUGCUCUGUGAGGCCACGAAAGAGAAAGUCAGGAACAGGAGACCCUCCAGGCUGGUGAGCCUGGAUUUGACCCUCACGACUUCUGGCAUAUUCUGCUAGGAAUUAGUUGGCAGGCAGAGGCCACACAGGUGAUAUCUGCCUUUUGCCUAAGAACUUUCACCUCUCAUUUCCUGACGAUACCCAGGUCCCCUCAUCCCUGAGACAGUCUGUGGAAUACAGAGGACAGGAUCUUUGUCUCCAUCCUCUGGAGAGAAAAGACAAAGGAGUUGAUUUAUACUCUGACUUUCCAUCACUAAAGAAACUUCAGUUUAGGGGCUGAAGUGAUAGCACAUCAGGUAGGGCUUUUGCCUUGCAUGCGGCUGACCUGGGUUCGAUUCCCAGCAUCCCAGCAUCCCAUGCUCAGAUUCCCUGAGCACGGCCAGGAGUAAUUCCUGAGUGUAUGAGCCAGGAGUAACCCCUGUGAAUCGCCUGGUAUGACCCAAAAACCAAAAAAAAAAAAAAAGAAAGAAAGAAAGAAAGAAAAAGAAACUUCAGUUUUAUUUCAAAGCUCUGGAGCAGUUCUCACCUUUGUCAUUAAAGUACCGAAAACUUAGGGGUUUAGCAGCAGCAUCCCAGACCCAAGUCUUCCACCCCAACAAUGUGUGUGUGUGGUGCAUGCUAAGAAGACUGGACCUAGUUUAUCUGAAUGCCUCAUUUGCUCAUGCACCCUUGAAGCUGACACGCAUGACGAAAACAGCAGCUCUGUCUGCCUCUUUAAAAUGAACGCGGCUUUGCAAAGGCUGCCAGUUCCACAGCCCUCUCCCAUUUGUUUCUGCUUUUCCUCCCGAAAUUUGGGAUCUAAUUGAGACAUUUCUACCUCAAAUAAGUCACAGGUACCAGAGCCUCCUGGAUAGACCCUCCAGGGCUUAUGUCAAGGGCAGAGAUGAUAGCUUAUUUAAAAUAUCCUGAGUGUCUCUAAGGCUAACAAGGAUAAUAUCCAUCCCAGAGUUCAAAAGAAAAUUGAGAUUCUGAAGAAAAAGCAAGAAUGGAGCCAUGUUUCAUGCUAAAACUGGGAAUCCAGUUAUCUUUCCACCCUCUUUCCUUCCCAAACUCCUUACAGGAAUCCUCCCUUGGUUUAUUAAUUGUAUACCGAAGAAACUGUCUUAUAAACAAAGGCUUCUAAUAGUUGGCUUGUUUAUCCUUCCUUAAACAUGUCUAAAACCAAAAUCAAAUUUUUCUCGCCCCCCCCCCAACAAGAGAGUUUUUUUGAAACUGUUGACAAUACUGAUUGUUAAUGUGCUUGACAGCAAUGCCUGUAACACGACGAUCAUGUUUGUCAAUAAAAAAGCAGCUGUCCGUGAA